AUGGCAUACCUUGUUUUAUAUGUUGAUGACAUCAUUUUGACAGCAAAUACUGAUCAUCUUCUUGGCAAAUUUAUUACAUUGAUGAAACGAGAGUUUGCCAUGACUUACUUUGGCCCGCUGCAUCAUUUUUUGGGUAUUUCUGUUAACCUCUCAUCUUCAGGCCUCUACUUGUCUCAUUCAGUUUACGGGAAGGACAUCAUUGCUCGUGCAUCUAUGAAAAACUGUAAUCAUGUGGCCACACCAGUUGAUACCAAUUCGAAACUAAGUGCAACAUCCGGUCCUGUGAUCGAGGAUCCUACUUUAUACCGAAGCCUGGCUGGGGCUCUUCAGUAUCUCACCUUCACUAGACCAGACAUUUCUUAUGCAGUUCAUCAGGUUUGUUUGUUUAUGCAUGACCCUAGGGAGCCUCACAUGCAGUCCCUUAAGCGGAUCCUUCGUUAUCUUCAGGGUACUCUUGAUCAUGGCUUGUUCCUGUCUGCUACUACACUCACUGGAUUAACUGCUUAUUCUGACGCUGAUUGGGAUGGGUGUCCGGAUUCCCGUCGAUCCACUUCCGGAUACUGCAUCUUUCUAGGUGACAACCUAGUUUCCUGGUCUUCUAAGCGUCGGGAAACUUUCUCUCGCUCAAGUGGUGAGGCUGAAUAUCGGGGAGUGGCCAAUGCUGUUGGAGAGACUACUUGGCUUCGCAACUUACUUCUUGAGCUUCAUCUACCUCUACGACCUGCCACCAUUGUAUAA